AUGGUCGAAACCGAUAGCCUAAGUUUUAUCUUGUCUUGCUGUUCCAUACCAUUUUACAUCAUUGGACUCAUCGGAAAUGUGUUGGUCAUUCGAAUUGUACACAAAACAAGGGAGAUGCACACCCCUACAAAUUAUCUUUUAGCCAGCAUGGCCGUUAGUGAUGUCUUCACGAUAAUGAUGUUUGCAGCUCUCAAGUUUGCCUUCAGUCAACAUGUACUUGAUGAAACUUUCGGGCACUUGGUUUGCAAGGCAUCGGCCGUCAUUACAACCUUCAUUACAAUCUUCGCAAUAGUUUCUUCCACUACUCUUACUGUGCUAGCGGUAGAAAGAUACAACGCUUUGCUCAAGCCUUUAAGAACCGGAUUGCGAUUAAGUGAAGACAAUAUUAAAAAGGCCAUCGCUCUAAUUUGGGUGACAAGUGUUUUUGUAUCCAUCCCGAAUCCCUUCUUUCAAGAAUUCGAUCGAAGCAAUUGCGUGUGUGUUGGUCGAGGGGAUUCAAAUAUCAAUCUAGCGUGGAAGAUUUACUUGAUUGUAUUUGACGCCCUCUUUUUGAUACAAUCGGUAGUCAUGGUAUUUUGCUAUGGUUCCUUGAUCAGAGGUCUCUACUUCACCAACACAGUUUGCCAAGAAACUGAAACCAGUGAUGGCGAGAGAAGCUCGGAGAAGAAGAAACUUGUUAUCACAUUCCUUCUAGCGACUCUCGGGUUUUUGAUCGGUUAUGUACCUGGUGUGGCUUUCAACAUUGUUGUUGCAUUUCAGACCAACGCGAAUAUAGAUAUCAACCUGUGCUCUCAUCUCCAGAAUGCGUUUUCUUUUAUGUUUAGCUGCAGUCUAUGUUUAAAUCCACUUGUUUACGGUUUUCGAAGUGCCCACUUUAGAGAGGGCUUCAAACGCGUUCUAACAACUUGUUGGAAGCAAACUCCACAGGAUGACGACAUUCACUGAUUCAGAUACUCUUUUCUUUUCAAUUUCCAACGUGAACUCGAAGAAAAGCUGAGGUCUGAGAACUUCGCAGCAACGUAAACAAUAGGAUUUGACAAUGCUGAAUAUAAUAUUCAAAUGAUAACGAUUUUUCUGCUUGUUCCUGUUCUUAAUUGUGCAUUAUUAUUCUGGGACGAUCCUUGCAGUUUUGAGAAAACCAUAGGUUCUUCUGAUUUUAUUAUUAGAUCGGGAGAUACGUACAUUGAAAGAACCUCCUCGUUAUGUACAUAAAGGCAUAGCUCCGCCAGUUCGAGAUACAGAUAGUAUCAAUGUUUUGCUAUAUGUUUUGUUCAGUGAUUCUUAAUCAAACAAACUAUAGUCAGACGAUACUUGAAUAAUAAAGGCUUCGCAGGCGGCGUUUAGUUGUCUCCUAAGAUGGCCGUUGUUCUAGUACUUAUCAAACUUGACACCUUUUUUUGAGACACUGUUUAUUUGAACUCUUUUUAGAUCGAGCUUUCUAAAUUACUAGAGUUCUUAGAAGGAGAUGGGUUACGGCCUUCGCUGUAAUCAACCAUUCAGGCUUAACAGACAAACUUGGAAGGUAACAGCGAAUCAAAAGAUGUCUAAGGUAAAAGUUUACACGUCAGGACAACUUUAUACGCGUGACUAAAUAGUAAGUGGUCAUCUUGGACCCGUCUUUCUACUGGAUCGGCCUUUCCCGUGAGUUUUCCUCACUUAGACAAAGGCCUGAAUUCUGAAAAAUAGUAAAUUCACAAAAGAAUGAAAGACGCUAAAGUGACCUGAAUAUAGAUUCUUUAGGUUCAACAUUACUUUUAAGAAAUUUGAUCAUGAUUUAAAAUUGCCAGGGAAACAUCACAUCCAAAACAACAAUCGUUUAGGCAAAAAAUUGGCGCGAUAAAUUUCAUAGAGAGUUUAGGGGGAAUUGAGCCAUAACAUAAGUGUUCAAACUAAAGAUUAGACCAUUACUCGUCAAAACCAACGGCUCUUGCGUUUAAUAAGGCAAGCUUAUAAUGAUUCUGCUGUAUAUUCUGAUCACAAACUAAUUCCUUUUCUAGGGUUCAAUUUCCAACAUCAGUGCCGUAUAUUGAAGGAUAUAUAAUUCGUUACUAAUUUUGACUGGGUCCAUUUUACACAAGAUUCACUCUAAGAAUAUAGCUUUUUCUCAUCCUUUUUUCAGGCGCGUAAAUUGUAAAAUAAAACAGAAGAUAAACAGUUUAAGCAGGUGUUUUAUAGACUGCGCGCAGACGAAAUUAAACUCUGGUUAACUCCGUCUGCGAAACAGCACCGAAAUCCUUGUUCUGGACGUCCAGCUGUGUACCCAGAUUUGAGUACGCGCCACGAUUGGCCAGUUAAAAAAGGCCUUUGUUUAGUUUGUCGUGAUCGCCAAUCAGGUUGAAGGGGAAUUCGAAACGCACUUCCGGUAAUUCGUUGAGUCCGUUGGGGGUCCAGAACAAGGAUCUCUGCGCUGCUUCGCAGACGGUACUAAUCAGACUUUAGUUAUCGUCUGCACGCAGGCUAGUGUUUUAAAGCCAUGAAGAAACCGGAUAACCAAAGUCAAUUGUUUUCGUAUUCGUAGAGUGAAGAAAAGGUAGAAACAAAUGAAAAGGAAGCGGGAGAUAAUUGCUUCAAAUUUGCUCCUAGCAAAAGAAGCUAGAUAAACCGAGCGUCCUUGUUGGUAAGCAGCGUUGAACCCUUUUCCGGCCUGUUAGUGUCAAUCAUGAAGCUAUCUGUGAUGAUUACAUGGCCCCUUUCGCCCACUGCCCUUUAUGAAAAACGUGAUGCAAAUAGGGCCGGCUUAUCAGUCGCACCAUAAUUAAAAUAAAGCUGACAUACAGUUAUCGAACAAGUGGUAUCAUUGUCAAAAAUGGCUUGUCUUUAUUUCACAGCGUUGAAUCAUGGAUGGAUGGAUGGAUGGAUGGAUGGAUGGAUGGAUGGAUGGAUGGAUAGAUAGAUAGAUAGAAAGUUUAUUGAAAUAAAUACAUGCUGGGCAGCCAGAGGCCAGGGGUACUCAACGACUGUUUUCUGUAACAUAUCUCUUCGGAGAAGGAAAUUUUGCCUGGAAUUAUCUAUCACUUUAGGACGGCUAAAAAUUUCUAGAUUACUCUUCCAUUCUGGUACAAUUUUCGAAGCUUAUCUUAUAAAAUGAAUCCCCUACGAUUUUGUGAAGUUUAAUUUUUCAUAUUUCACUUCUCAGGUUAGGUUAUUUUUGGUAGAAUAAAGGGAAUCUAAAAUUUUCGGAUUAAGAAAUGGGAUGAAGAGAGGAAUUAGUAAAAUUCUCACUUACGUAAUACGUAAAACCCUUGUAAUUUCGAAGAAAAGACUCAAGUUCCCCUAGGAUGGCCUAACAGAUAUAUAUAUAAAUAUGGCCUAACAGAUAUAUAUAAAUUUGUAUAUAUAUAUAUAUAUAUAUAUACAAAUUUUAUAGCUCCGCGUGAGAGGCUGAAUUGCGUAUUUACAAAUAAAACUAAGAUAAAAAUAGACUAAUUUACAAUACAUCAAUAUUAAAAAUUCAUGCAUAUAAUAUAUAAAAGCAUUAAAACCGAAUCAUUUAAUUGUACUUUAGGCACGUUGACAAAAUGAAAGCGUUCUUAAAAAGAUACGUCUUCCACUUUAGAAGCACAACUGAGUGUCGGUGUUUUCUUAGUCAAUAUGAGCCUUAUUGGCUUCCGUUAAUAACUAAAUGUUACGUUUGUUAUCCUUGUUGCCGAGGGCAACAUUCAAAACCUUGUCACAUAUGUCCUCGCAAUAUAAAAUAAUGGUUGGAAUACCUCGUCAUAAGACAGACUGCGGCAAAUGGAUGACAAAUGCCCUUUUUUGGACCCGCUCCAGCUCACGCUGUAAAUACUUGGGCAGAGCAUCAAAGAAAACAGGCGCUGCAUAAACUAGAAUUGAUCUUAUACAUGUGGCAUAAAAGAGAAUUGACUACUUUGUGUGAUAUCGAAUGUUCUACCGAACAGUUUAUUCUAAAAGGAGACAUCUUAAAUUCGAAAUUCUAUUGACUUAAACGAGCCCUAACAACGGUCUCCAGCAUGAAAGAUAGCCUAGAUCUGUUCCUUUCUCACUUUCCCAUUUUAGUUUUUGCCAUUGGUUUUAUAGGAAAUGUAUUGGUUAUCCGAAUCGUUCACAAGACACGACAGAUACAUACGCCAACGAAUUACCAUUUAGCUAACAUAGCCGUUAGCGAUGUCAUUUGAUAGACGUGUGACAUGUGAAUAGCGGAAGUUCCUUGUCACUUCCGGUUUACUCUAGUCGGGGAGAUUCAACGAGAUUUUGUGGGCGUUUUUAAUAAAACAAUUAUUCCACUCGCGCUUGUUGGAUAUGAGAUGGUAGUUAGCCAACUCAUAUCCAACGCACCCUCGUGGAAUAAUUGUUAAUUAUUAAAAACUGAACCAUUGGAUAAUGCAAUUCUAGCAUAUUGAUUGGCUUAGCCGUUAUGGUACAUGAGCUGUUAUACCAUGCUCUCCAUAUAUGGUCGGUGUACGCGUCAGUUUAAAAUUGGAAGCUAGCUGAGAUUUUUUUUCGCGAAGGAUAAAACGGCACCCGAAGCAAAUCGUUUUAAUUCAUCUCUUAGAAUACUAGAAAUGCAGUUUCGUCGAAAGAAAAAAGACAAAAACAGACAAAAAAAGCCACAAGAGCUUGUUUGAAAGUUUGUCGAAAAACACGUGAAAACACAUGGAACUAAAGUACCUUGACCAGCUACGAAAGAAGACAAGUGUUGUUUCUUCAUGAUCGCGAAGCCAUUCGCCGAUCGAGUCACUCGCCGAUAGAUGACUGCGGCUUGUUUAUCCGACAUCAAGAAUAUAAAUCACAAGUAACCAGCUACAAAUAUAGGCUAUGCAGCCAUUCACUAGAGCAAUCGAGGCGGCAGUAUAGCUUCUUUCCUCGUUCAGCAAAACCAGCUUGUGGCUUCUCCUAGAGAGUUUAGCGUUUUUGAUCGGUUAUGGGCCUUUUAUAGUUCUCUGCAUUCUUGUUGCAUUGGGAGACAAUGAACACUGUUCUUAAAGCUGUAUCAACAUUUCUUUUGGAAUUAACUUGAUGUCUUAACCCAAUUUUGUACGCUUUUCGUAGUUCAAGUUACCAACAAGAGUUUAAACGCCUACUGAUAUGCAAGAAACCGACACCGAACAAUGAUAUUGUGAUGAGGAAAGAGGGAAGAAGAGAGGAACACCUUUAAACUAUUUCUCCUUGCGUAGUUCAUAUCUUUGUGAUUUUAUUCUAAAUAGCGGUAGUUAUCAUAAUUUUUUCACUGCUCAUUUUUUGCUCAUAACAAAAAACUAUAUAUCAUUAGUAUUAUAUAACAUUAUAUAGUAAAUCGACUACAUAUCCCGUCAUCAUCAUUGUCAUCGUUGGUGUUCUUCACUGCAGAAUGUGAAAGUAAAUUAGAGAUAAAAGCAAAAACGAAAAACAUACCAUGAGAUUAUUUACCUUCCACUGACUUUUUUCUUUUUUCUUUCUUCCAAUAUGGGAAAUGUACAAGUAAGCGAGUUCAUGCAUUUUUAACAUUCUCAGUGUUAGGGAUGAAUAAAUUCAAAUUUGGGCUUUGUUUUUCGGAUUGACCAUUGUUGCCUGUCAAAGUGGUAACAACAAGAAAGACACUUUUGUACUGGUCGACAGUGAGAUAGCAAACGGGAGUUCAAUAACAAUGAUAAUUCAAUGAAAAAGAAGAAGUAACAGUAUGCUUUUAGGCAGAAACAGUGCAGGUAGGAUUAUGGGUACUUCUUUGUAAAGGGUUAGGAACAUUCUCCCUUCAAUGUCACAAUUUUGUGGCUAUUGUAAGGCCCGAAGCAAUUGGUAGUAUGGUUGCAGCAACUCGGGGAUCAUCGGUGACUUUUUUAUUUAAGGCAUGAAUUUGAGCAGCCACUUUUUCCAUUACUGACAUGAAAUGACCGUAUUUAUACGUGGAGCCAUAAUAGUAGUUGUGGUAUAGUCAAGUGGUCCUACUUCCCACGCCCGGCCGUCCCUGUUUAUCUUCGGGUCACAAACGUAUUAAAGUAUUAAAGUAUUAAAAGAAUGACGCUGGUAACUGGGCAGGAAGAUAAUAUUUGCAGUAUAAAGAAAACUAUUUGUUAGUAUGCAGAAAAGUUAUUAUGCUGAAAAAAGGAAAGGAAAUUAAGAUACCGUAAAAUUUAGAAAAUAAGUCCCGGGCCUUAUAUUUGUCAAAGGCCCUUUUUGAGGGGCUUAUAUUCGGAGGGAAUGUACGGAGGGAAAUUUGCGUUUCAAAAUCGAUUAGGCUUACUUAUAGUUGGAAGGAAUUUUUCCGUUUUUUCUUUGUUUUACCUUGUAUUUGAGGGCACUGUUUUCAAGUACAAGCCCCUGGGGGGCUUAUAUUCGGAGGGGCCAUUUAACGAAAGGUUUUUUGCGUUAGCAGGUUUGAGAGGCUUACAUUUGGAGGGGCUUAUACAUGAAGGGACUUAUUUUCGGAAUUUUACGGUAUAGUGAGGACCAAAGACAGGUGUAUGGCUAUUUAUAACUGACCUCAUAACGCGCUUUUAAUUAUGAAUUGUAGUCCUUAAUAUGUGAGACGUCCAUGCAAUAGAUCGUUUUCAGUCACGUGGUCAGCAGCUUUGUAAAUUGCUUGGAAUAAAAGAAAGUUUUAAUAUGUGAAAAGUUCAAUUCCCACAAGACUUUUUUUGUACACAAAACAUGGCCUCCGAUUCAUUGUUUUGUACACAAAUAUGGCCGCCUUGACGUCAUGUGAAAACGAUCUAUUGGUGGUCAAUUAUUUAACAGCAUGGUCCAAUGGUAUUAAUGGAUAUAUUUCACAAUUAUUCCUCGAGUCCGAAUUGGCUCUGAGUCAAUAGCCCAUGAGCCCGAAGACCGAAUGGGCUAUUAACUUAGAGGCCAUGAGGGCGAGAGGAAUAAUUGUUUUAGUAAAAUCCAACUAGGUGGUCAAAAAUAUCGAGAAUAAAAAUAGUUUAAUCCUCUUUUGCCGCCAAAAAGCCGGCGCUUUUCGCUUCUAGUGUGCUAUAACAUAUAGCCUAGUAGUAGCUCAACCAAUCAGAACGCAGCUUGAUAAUAGACCCACUGGUUGGAUUUUACUAAUUGACAUUAUCUUAGUGAUGUGAACCACCUCAAUUUGUCGCCUGUCUUCUAACUCAUAUGCGUGUAAUGAAUAUUUUUUUUUAUAACUAACAAGACCGAUAAGUCUUGUGAACAAUUUCUUUGAACAAAUUUCGAAACAAACACAAACACACACACACACACACAAAAAUAGCAAAACCUGAAGCAUUAAUCAUGGUCGAAACCGAUAGCCUAAGUUUUAUCUUGUCUUGCUGUUCCAUUCCAUUUUAA